UCAGACAGACAGCCAUGAUGAGGGGGAUGGAGUUAGUCGAUAUAUUUCUAUUCGUGAUCGGUCUGAAUGGGAUUUUGUUGUCGCCCAAGUCAAUGUUUUCUCUGCAUUUCCAAGAGGAAUUCAGAAUUCAAGAUAUUAUCCGGUUCGUACAGAGCGAUCAAAGUUGUGAAUUUUUUCUACAGGAAAUCCCAUCACUCAUUCGACAAGACAACUUGACAUCUCAUCAAAAUGGGGAGACUUGCACACUUCUCACUUCCUUCGACAAUUCGUCAUCAAAUGAAACGAUCCGGCUUAGCGGUAUUGUUGUAAGGCUCUAUGCAAAUGUCAAGAAAUAUGAAUUUUCUAUGAUGCCUAACCAAUGCAAAGGAAACACUUCAUUCAACGAAAUUCAGAUUCAUGUCUCAUGUCAACCUACAAAAGCACAUAACGUAAACAUAUGUGAUGAUGGAAGAGGUUGCAACACUGAAAGAGAAUUCUGCAGAAAGCUAUUUGAGGAUGAAAAUGAAAAAGAGCUUUGUAUUGUUGGGAUGUCUUUGAACGAAUCGUGCUCUCACGACCGUCAGUGCACUGGUACUGCAAACGAUGGAAGGUGUCAACAGAACAAACAGGGUCGAGGUGGUGGUGUUUGUUCCUGCGACCCAGGAUUCUUUCAAGAGGGUUCGAAUUGUUUACAAGGUAGUCGACGCCUUUUCCAGUCUUGUGAAUCACACAGACAAUGUACAGGAACUUAUGGGGCACGGGAAUGUAAGGUCAUCGCUGGUAUACAAAUGUGUCACUGUCCGGAUAAUUACACAGUUUUGCGAAACUUUUGUUUAAAAGUUGGGUCAGUCAUAGGGGAGACGUGUAUAUCAAAUGCAGAAUGUACCGGUACACAAAAUGGCGGUAGAUGUGUCUACAACGAGGUUACACGGACUCAAACAUGUGCCUGCGAUGAGGAUUUUCUAACAAAUGGUUCAUAUUGUUUACCAGUCAACAAAACGCUUUUUGAGACUUGUGAAGUAGACGAUCAGUGCAAUGGAACAUUGGGUUUGGAGAUAUGCAGAACAGUUGGUGAUAGAAAGAUGUGUGUCUGUGGAUCUCAAUACAUAGAGGACAUGACUUCCUUAACGUGUCACAAAGGUAGUCGACGCCUUUUCCAAUCUUGUGAAUUCCACAGACAAUGUACAGGAACUUAUAGGGCACGGGAAUGUAAGGUCAUCGCUGGUAUACAAAUGUGUCACUGUCCAGAUAAUCACACAAUCGUAAAAGACAUUUGUAUAAAAGUUGGAUCAGUCAUAGGGGAGACGUGUACAAUCAAUGCAGAAUGUACCGGUACACAAAAUGGCGGGAGAUGUGUCUACAGCGAGGCUACACGGACUCAAACAUGUGCCUGCGAUGAGGAUUUUCUAUUCGCUUUUGCAUUUUAA